AUGCUAUGGCUGUUGGUGACUCUCAUCGUUGUCGUCGUGAGUAUAGCCAUUGCAUUCCUCUUACUGAGACCUAUUCCUGCCAAAUAUGUGAAAGGAUCCAUCCAGGUCGUUGUGCUUGGAGACAUUGGUCAUAGCCCUCGGAUGCAGUAUCAUGCUUUGAGUAUAGCUGAACAUGGAGGUCAGGUCGAACUUGUUGGCUAUAUUGAUUCCGAGCCACUUCAGCCACUGAGAGAGCACCCAUCUGUCAUCCUGAGACCGUUGUCCAGACCCCCUCAGGUAUUGCAGACCAGCAACAAGCUAUUAUUCCUCUUGGGUGCUCCUCUGAAGGUCAUCUUUCAGACAUGGACUUUGUGGGAGGCUCUAGCUCGGCAGGCAACUGCCCACGAAUGGAUGCUUGUUCAGAAUCCUCCUUCAAUACCUACUUUGCUUCUUGCUAUACUUGCCUGCCGGGCGAGAAACACCAAGCUUGUUGUUGACUGGCACAACUUUGGUUACUCUAUCCUCGCCCUCAAGCUAGGCCAUUCACAUCUUCUGGUGAGAGUAUCCAAGUAUUACGAAUAUGCUCUCGCCAAGUUCGCCUACUGCCAUUUUACGGUCACGGAUGCUAUGCGAGACGUGCUUAAGAAUGACUUGGCAAUUGCACAACCCAUCUUGACGCUUCAUGACAGGCCAGCUCCUAUAUUCCAACCCAUGACCUCGCAACAACGAGCAGCGUUCCUGGUCCAACAAGCACUGACGGCAGGUGAGGCAUCCGAGAUCCUCCAAGGCAAGACGAGGCUCGUAGUAUCGUCAACUUCUUGGACCCCUGACGAAGAUUUUUCUGUUCUUUUGGAAGCGUUAUGCAAAUAUUCAGCAAGCGCGAUCUCGGAUUCCCCGCAGCUACCCGAGCUUCUGGUCAUUAUCACAGGGAAAGGACCUCUCAGGGAUCGAUACUUGCAAAAAAUCAAGUCCUUGGAGGCCUCGCAAGAUCUCGAGAUGAUCACAGUAAAAACAGAUUGGCUCUCGUUCGAGCAAUAUGCGUCCCUGCUUGCUGCUGCAGAUCUAGGACUUUCACUACACACGAGCAGUAGUGGUGUUGAUCUACCCAUGAAAGUUGUUGAUAUGUUCGGUGCAGGUCUGCCAGUUCUUGGGUACAAUAAUUACAAAGCUUGGCCCGAAUUGGUACGAGAGGACGUCAAUGGCAAGGGUUUUGCGAAUGCGCAACAGAUGUCGGAUACAAUGAGGUUGCUCUUUGAUCCACCACCCACCAAACUGGACAAAUUGAAGCAAGGAGCUAUACAUGAAAGUAAUCGGAGAUGGGAUGCUGAGUGGGAACCAAUUGCGGGCCGACUAUUCGGACUGGUAACUUGA